AUGUUGAAUUGGUGCAGAAACACUCUCAGCACACCUCCUGCCAGAGCCAACCACAUCGAAGUCGGUAGGGGACAGUGUGGGACGGUGCUUGCUUUGAAUGACACCGACUGCGUCAUCAAGAUACCCAAUUUUACUUCUAAAGAAGAUGAGCUUUUUACCGACUACCAGAUUCACUACUCAGUAUACAGCACUCUGGCCCCUCUCAGCUCCGUAAACAUCUCUAUCCCUUGGCCUGAAGCAUGGAUCAUGCGCGAGAAUACAAUCUGGUCCGCGACGGCUUCUUGCUUCCCCAAAGGAAUUGCGUCGAUUCCAAACUACGGUCUCAUUUCAAAGCGCAUCUUGUCCGUGCCUCUCUGCUUCCGCGAAGACAUUGUAGACUUAUUAUGCCCCGAAGCUAUCAAAACAAUCAAACCUGAUUUUCUCGAGAGAAAUGAGAAUAAGGAUUGCUUGGUUAGACUGUAUCUAGGUCGCCGCAGCUGCACGUCGCAUAGGGAAGCCGGAAACAUCCGGCUUCGUAACUUUCCACUUCACGUCAACGAGCUCGAACGACUCGGGUUACGUCCAGAACCCUACGUUAAAUUUGGCUUCGACGCAAACGACGUAGAAUUCGUUCUUGGAGGCGGCCAUCUUGUCGGUAAUAGUUAUCCAAGCGAACAGGAAGUACGUGCAGCUACAAAGGAUACAGCAGGGAGACUGCAUAUGACCAAUCUCAGAAAUGAACAGACAUCAAUGUGGCUACUGGACUUUAACCAGUGCCAGCGUUUUGAGUACCAUGGGGAUGGCGAGCCGGGAUGCAAGGAAGCAAUGAAGAAACUGGUCGAGGGCUUCUGGUUCAAUGACCCCUAUUACCCGCGCCCCAAUGUCACCGACGACAAAGAUAAGAAACUUUGGGAUGUCUUCGCAGAGCAUUAUCUCAAAACGAGUGCGGAGCUUGUUGCUCAUCGAGGACCAAGGGAGUUCAUCGAGGCUGUGGUGGAAAAGGGUAAACAACGGUCGGAAAGUUCUUUGUUUAGUUUGUAG